AUGGAGACUCCUCCAACUACUACUACUUCAAAUGUAUCAUUUGGUGACACUAAGGACGAUGAAGAACAAGUCACUGUUAAGAUAGAAAAGAGCCCUGCCACUUCCCCUGUGAAACUUAAUUCUACUGGCAGUGAUCAACAAACAGAUAAUCCAAAUAUUGUUGGCGAAAAUAUACCCACUCCCAGCCCUCCGGCAACUAUAGAUGCUACUGAACCAGAAAACAAGAAACAACAAUCUGGAUUAACAAAAGAUGAGGAAAUGGGAAUUCUUUUAACUGUUAAUCCUUCAAACAUAAUUGAGUACGCCAACCAUUUAAAUCGGAUAUCCACAAUUUUAUAUGAUGGGAACUUUGACAGUUCAAAGUAUUUAUCGUCGCUUCAUUCAAAGUUGAACGAAUUAAUUGAUAAUUUAACCAAGUUUGUUGACUUGGAAAACCCUUUGAAUAGUAAAUUGUAUCUCAUAAUUGAUAUCAACUUUGACAUACUUAUCAAAUUAUCCACUAGCUAUAAAGUCUUGGAAGUGUCCACGGUUUGCAUCAGAUUUUUAUCCACAGUCUUCAUGAAUUUAAACUAUUGGGAAGUUUAUAAUUUGUUGAUCAAGAAACCGGUGUUGUACCAUUUUCUCACGUUGAUCAAUUUUGACUUAAAUGAAUGUUAUACGAGGUUCAUAAAUGACUAUUCCAAAUUCGCAUAUAAUAAGAUUCAACAACCAUCGGUAUUGAAGUCAAGAAAUAAAUCACGAAUGGCAAAGAGAAAAAGACAAAAGUCCAACAGUUCUGUUCCUAAUAAUGGAGGCAUGGAACUUCCUAACCCAGAUGAAAAUCUCACACCUGAAGAACGAUUACAACGAUCUCAGGCAUUCUUUUCAUUAAAUCCAGAUACUUCAGACCAUGACAAAUAUGUUGCUGAUAUCUUGUCAGGAGCAAAUAGGCAAAAGAGAAAAUUUAGACCAGAUGUUAAAUUACUCCAUCACAAGAUCAUUAAAAAACCACAACCAGCAGCCAUUAAGCCAUCCACCAAGUCUUCAAACUAUGAUCCUGAUGUAGUACAUGAAUGUCAAUUACCUUCAGCUGAGGAACCACAUAAGUUGUGUUUAAGAAGAUUCUCCAGAAAAUACGAAUUGAUAAGACAUCAAGAAACUGUCCAUUCCAAGAAGAAAAAGCUUUUCAAGUGCUAUGUUUGUGUCAAACAGAAUCCAGGUGUUGGUCCAAGAAUCUUCACCAGACACGAUACUUUGGCAAAGCAUAUUAGAGUUAAUCAUAAAAUUUCAGGAAAAGAAGCGAAAGCUGAAGUUGCCUAUUCCAAGAAACAUGCAGAAGUUGUUGAAGAAGGUGACAUUACUGUUCACGUAGGGAGGCGCAAAACUAAAGUUGAUUUUGAGUUGAGAGCCCAUAUGGAGAAACGUAAAUCAAGUGGUGAUGAUACUAACUAUUUGGAAACAAGCGAUUUGGAAUCUGGUGAAGAAGAGGUUACGUUUAACAAUAAAGAUAAUCCAAUAGAGAAGCCAGCUGAGAAUACAACUGUCAAUUAG